ACGACGACGAUCGUGAGCCGGGACGAUCUAUUGUACUUCCUCCUUCUGCUAUUGCUCCUACUCUUCUUUUAGUCCCCGUGGUAUCUCCCGUGCGAAAGGAAAAAAAGUUGGAUGGUGCAUAUUACGCAUAUGAGCAUUAUGUAGUAUAUACAAAAAGUAAAUAAAUAAACAAAUAAAAUACUGCAACAGUUAGCAAGCUCCGAUGAGAAAUGAAUUUGUGAAAAUCGCGAGUGAGAGCGCGCCAAUUCCGAAUUCGUAUACGUGCAACGUGCUCGGGGAUUUUGAACCCCGUCCCCGCUAUUAAUCAUCCGCAGUGUGUGUGUGUGCAGCUACAACAUAUAUACUACAUCGUACACACACUUGUGGCUUCGUCGCCAAACGCGAGUGCGUGAGUGCGGAUCAUCGCUCUCUCUCUCGAUCUCCGCUGUGUUAUCUGGUGCUUGCGCGAGUGAGUGCGUGGGUGAGUGAGCGAGUGAGUGAGUGCAACAGAUAUUUCGUUAUAGAUUUUGGUAACGCGAUACAACCGGUGACGGCUGCCCCCGCGAUGACUUGACCGCCUCGGAAAGAGAGAACGACGGAGCUUUUCUCUCGGGUGUCAAGCUCGCUCGCGCGUAUAAUUAAUAUAUCGCCGCGCGACGAGUCCGAUCGACGAUCUGUGCGCCGCGCGAGUUUUGCCUCGAUGAACAUCGGGCAUACUGAAGUUCGCAAGAUGGAAGAGGGAGAAAAAGAAGCAAGGAGCAGCUCGAUUCGACUCGAAUUAAGCCCGAUCGCGAGAAGCAACGACAAAGACGACGAGAAUCGAAAAAGCCAACGGCAGCAGCAGCAGCAUGCGUUCGCCACAUUGUCUUGGUUGACGAGUGCCUCGGCCGCGCGUUGCAACUUUAUCAUUUGCAAGAGAAAACGUCGGCUGUUAUCAUCGCUGUCAAAUGAUUUCGCGAUCAUCAUUGACGGACGACCGCUCAGUAAUUGGAUAAAUACAUUUUUUAACGUUUAGAGAGUGAGAGAAAGAGAUAGAGAGUGCGAGAGGCAGAUAAUAGAGAUGUUGCGACUGUAGGCGAAAAAUUCUCAGUACAAGCGAUAAAAAAAAAGUUAUUAGAUAUAAAAAAAGGAGAAGAAAGAAGAAGAAGAAAAAGUAUAACGCCCAGGAGGUGACGAAUUUUUUCAUAUAAUACGAAUAGGUUAUAUAGUUCACUCUAUUUUUCAAUACUCCUUAAAUUGGCUCCUGCUCUCUCUCUAUCCUUUGGUCUCUCGAUGUUGAGCUGCUGGGGACAAGACGUUAUUUAUGCAUGGAGCAGCAGCAGAAGCAGAAGCAGCGCAGCACAGAGAGAGCGGCUUUCGUCUCUCGAGGAAGGCGAAAAACGAUUCCCGAGGAAAAUUUGAAAGUUCAAGCAGUCACAAUCAAAGGUAUCGAUAAGAGACCGAAGAUAUAGCUAUAUACAUAUAACGACGGUACAUAUAUAAUAUAUUUGCGCACAAGCAAAUCGAUGCAAAAGAGAGCGAAUCGUCCAUGCCGUAUACACUCGAAGAUCUCUCUUUCUCGAAAUCCCCUGACUUCUGCUCUCUCGAUGUAAAUUACAAGUAUUCGAUAUUACGAGCGACAAUUGACAAUCCCACAUUAUUAAGCAUGGCGUAAAAUAGCCCCGUGGUCUUGACAAACUAAUUGGAUUUAAGCUCCUGACGACGACGACGACGACGAGGACGAAAAAAAAAAGGGAAAAUUAAAUUAAGCGCGAUGUGACGGAGAGAGUUUGUACGCUACGAUAAAGACAGGGAGACAGUACGAGAGAGAGAGAGAGAAAAGAAAUUUAAUCCAGUAUUUAAUAGGUUUUAUUGAAUUUAAGAGAAGAGUCGAAUAAGACACGAAUAGAAUUAACUUGAUCAACGGGUGGCGCGGGAAAAGCGCUCGACCCUCGCUUUCCGUGUACAUGCAACAACGUGGUACCGGAGAGGAAGAAAAAAAAGUGUAAUAAAACACAUUUUGUGUUGUGCUGUGUUGUGCUGUGUUGUGUGUACGCGGUCGAAACAAUAUAUAAAUAUUCGAGCCCGCCCGCGUGGUUGGUCAUUGUGCUUCGCGUGAACGAGUGCGUCAAAAGUGUAUAGUUCGAAUUUCCUACCCCCCCCCCCCGUCGUCGAAAAAUUUGAAUUUUCUCGCUCUCGCUCGUCCCCGCGUGUGCCCCGUGUAUACUCGAACUACUCUACUGCAAGCUCGGGGGUGCAGCAGCAGCAGCUUCGUGUGCUCGCGCGCGCUUGGUGGGGUGGGCGUAAAAUGAGGGAACUGAACGAGAGUGCCUGCAACGCUUUGUACGAGGCAGUCGAGUGGUCGAGUCCCGGUAUCGUGGUGACGCUCUGCGUGCUGGCCGUCGUCAACGUGAUGGUCGUGGUCGGCAACUGCCUCGUCAUCGCCGCCGUCUAUCACAGCAUCAAGCUGCGCAACGUCACCAACAUGUUCAUCGUCAGUCUGGCGGUGGCCGACCUCAUGGUCGGCGUCGCCGUGCUGCCCUUCUCCGCCACCUGGGAGGUUUUCAAGGUGUGGAUCUUUGGUGACAUUUGGUGCUCGAUAUGGUUGGCCGUUGACGUGUGGAUGUGCACGGCCUCGAUACUGAAUCUGUGCGCCAUAAGUCUCGACAGAUAUCUGGCCGUAACGCGCCCAGUCAACUAUCCGCAGAUCAUGUCUCCGAAGCGCGCGAGACUGUUAGUCGCUGUCGUGUGGGUGCUCAGCUUCAUCAUCUGCUUCCCGCCACUGGUCGGUUGGAAGGAUCAAAAGGACGACGAGGACUUUUCGGCGAACGUCACGUCGUCGUCGUUUUUCGAGAGCAGCGACGAUGAGCUGCUCUUCAACGAGACGAUCUCGUGGAAUUACACGACCGCCGCAGCGGUGGCCAGUGUGACGACCAUCGUCACCGACGACGUCAUCGUCAAGCCCUGCCCGUGGAUCUGCGAGCUGACCAACGACGCUGGAUAUGUCGUUUACAGUGCCCUCGGAUCGUUUUAUAUACCCACCCUGGUGAUGCUGUUUUUCUACUGGCGCAUCUAUCACGCCGCAGUCUCCACGACCAAGGCCAUCAAUCGAGGAUUUCGCACGACCAAGAGUUCGAAAAUGAUCGGAUCGAGGUUCGACGAGCAACGUCUGACGCUGAGGAUACACCGAGGCCGGGCGAGCGAGCAGCAACAGCAGCACCAGCAGCACAACAACGGCAGCAGUCCGCGCAGCAGCGCCGAGACCGCCCGCAGCAGUCCGCUGCGCCGCGAGCGCAUCAAGAUCUCGGUCUCGUAUCCGAGCAGCGAGACCCUCAACACCAAGUGCAACAGCAGCGGGGGUGGCAGCAAUCUCGAGCGCACGCCCUCGAGGUCCUCGCAGAUGUCCGUGCAGUACGCCAACGGACAGACCCAGAGCCAGCUCGUCUGCGGCGGCGGCGGCGGCGGCGGUGGUGGCUUGUCGCCUUCCAAGAGUACACAUUUGAAGGUGGGAAGCAGCAUGAGCCGAUCGGGCAGCGCCAGGAGGCCCAGUCGUCGCAGCAGCUGCGAGAGCCAAGUGACCGGCGACACACACUCGCUGAGGGAAUUGCAGCCCGACGGGGGCGACGAGAAGCCGCGCGUCACGAAGAUGGGCAAGCGCAACAUAAAAGCUCAGGUGAAGCGAAUCCGCAUGGAGACGAAGGCCGCCAAGACCCUGGGCAUCAUCGUGGGCGGCUUCAUACUCUGCUGGCUGCCCUUCUUCACCAUGUACCUGGUGCGGGCCUUCUGCCCCAACUGCAUACAUCCCACGGUUUUCAGCGUGCUCUUCUGGCUGGGCUACUGCAACUCGGCCAUCAAUCCCUGCAUCUACGCCCUGUUCAGCAAGGACUUUCGCUUCGCCUUCAAAAAGAUCAUCUGCAAUUGCGUGUGCAAGCAGAGGGCUAACACGCUGAGGCGAGGCAGCGACGGCAGCCAGCUCGCCACGAGGCACGAUCAGCAGCAGCGCGGCUGCGGUCCUGGCCGUGGGGGCGCGCGACGCGAGCCGUCGCAGGGCCUUUCGCUCGAGGACUCCGACCCGGACGGACUGCAGUGCUGCGGCAGCGACGACGGCAACAUCCACGCCCAGCUGCAGUCGUCGCCGAGCGACAGCAGAUGACUGUAGCACCUCGGGUUCGGCGCGCAGUGCCUCACCCUGAGCCUGCUCGCGGUCAAGUCGGCGCCCACGUCCACGCUCGACGUGGAUCGUCACGGUCACGGCGCUACCGCGGCUGGAGCCAGUGCUGGCGAGCCUCCGGGCUCGCGCAGGGUGUCGUUCGGCUGCGUCGAGACCCGAUUCGGCGACGAUCAAGCCUCCGUGCAGAGAUGUCCUCUCAGCGACGACGAUGGCGACAAGGACGAUUCCGAUCGUCGUCAUCAGAAAACUAGCAGCGGCGGUGGCAGCGGGGAUGCCUCUGCUGCCGCUGCCACUGCCAGCGACACGGAUCAGCUCAUGAGCUCGUGCGAGGACGAGCUGAAAUUCAGCAGUCCGAUCGCCGUACCGAAGCAGAGGGAUCGAGCCGCGCCGGUGCUGGUGGCGCAGAGCCGCCUCAUCGACGUGGACAACGACGAGGGACUGCUACCGAGAGACUGUCCGAGCACUACUACUACUACUGUUACUACUACUACUACGAGUACUGGUACAAUUGCGACCGCUGCUGCGGUCGUUACUACCGGUGCUACUGCUACUGCUACUGCCACUGCCGUCACCGUCUGUUCGAAUCCAUUUUUGAAUCAACCUACCGACAGAAGCGAUUGAUUUUAUUCAACGUCCUAGUCUUCAUAAUGCUGCAUUCCUGCCAG